UCUACAUUUCAAGUUUAUCAAAGAUUAAAUUGAUAUUUAUGGGCUAAUCUGGAAAUUUACAAACAGUUUGCUUCACUACAUCUACAAGAAAAUAUGUGCAAAUUCCAGACGGCAGACUUCUGAAGGGGCUUUUAGAAGACAAUUCAGUCCCUGCAGCACUCCUCAAGCCAUGACAGCCAUCGUGAAGAUGGAAUCGUGAAUAUGGCAGCUUUCCUGCGGGGCUUUGAAGAGAAGGGGCUAAAGAACGACCGGCCUGGGGACCAGAGCAGUAAGGAGAAAAAGAAGAUCCUCUUCUCCUUUUGCGACGUGUGCAACAUCCAGCUGAACUCUGCGGCCCAGGCCCAGGUCCACUAUGAUGGCAAAUCGCAUCGGAAGCGGGUCAAGCAGCUGAGCGAUGGGCAGCCUCCGCCCCCAGCCCCGGGCUCAGGCCCACUCUUGGCCAGCGCUUGCCCUUGCCCUGGCACCAACACCAGCACAGGCAGCGCGUGCCACGCCGCGACCAUUCCUGCUCUGGUGCGCACACCCACCCUGAUGAUGCAGCCUUCGCUGGACAUCAAGCCGUUCAUGUCUUUUCCAGUGGACAGUAGUUCUGCUGUCGGGCUCUUUCCAAAUUUUAACACAAAAAGAAGAGGCUUAUUUGGGACCAAUAAAUUCUGCCAGAUGGACCCUGUGCAGAAGGCCGUCAUCAACCACACGUUUGGAGUCUCCAUUCCCCCGAAGAAGAAACAAGUUAUUUCUUGUAAUGUCUGUCAGCUGCGCUUUAACUCGGACAGCCAGGCCGAGGCCCACUACAAAGGAAGUAAACAUGCCAAGAAGGUCAAAGCACUAGAGGCAACGAAAAAUAAACCCAAAAUGGUUUCUUCCAAGGACAGCGCAAAGGCUAAUCCCAGCUGCUCCGCCAGGCCAGUCACAGGCGACAGCUCUGACAAAUCAGAAGACAAAGGGAAGUUAAAAGCCACCAGUUCGGCUCAGCCCUCAGGCUCUGAGGGAGGCGCCUUUCUCCUCAAAUCUGGAACCGCACCUCUGCCACCUGCGGCCAUCACUUCUCCCUCCAAGAGCGCAAACGGAGCUCCCGGAUCUGCUGCUGAAUCCGAAGAAGAAAAAGCCAAAAAACUUCUCUAUUGCUCGCUAUGCAAAGUGGCCGUGAACUCCCUGUCACAGCUGGAGGCACACAACACAGGAUCUAAACACAAGACCAUGGUCGAGGCCCGUAAUGGAGCUGGUCCAAUUAAGUCCUAUCCAAGACCUGGGUCAAGAUUAAAGAUGCAGAAUGGCAGCAAGGGUUCAGGACUCCAGAACAAGACGUUUCAUUGUGAAAUCUGUGAUGUUCAUGUUAACUCAGAGAUUCAACUCAAACAGCACAUUUCCAGCCGAAGGCAUAAAGACCGUGUCGCAGGAAAGCCGCUGAAGCCGAAAUACAGCCCCUACAACAAGCUCCAGAGGAGCCCAAGCAUUUUAGCUGCAAAGCUCGCAUUCCAGAAAGAUCUGAUGAAGCCUCUGACCCCGACUUUCCUGUCCUCGCCUCUGGCGGCUGCGGCUGUGUCCUCGGCGCUGUCCCUACCGCCUCGGCCAUCCACCUCUCUCUUCCAGGCUGCAGCCAUUCCUCCUGCGCUGCUGAGGCCUGGCCAUGGGCCCAUCCGGGCCACUCCCGCCUCCAUCCUCUUUGCUCCUUACUAAAUACUUGCAGCCCGCAACAGGCCAGGCCAACGGAAAGGCGUAGAGGAAAAGCCCAGAGGAUUCAGCGAUGUAAAGCCUUGUAUGUGACUGUAACCACCCCCACCCGCCGACUUACAAAGUGCAGGCCGCAGACCAGCCCAACCUCCAAAGCCAAAUGGAGGCCAGGCUGACAGGCACUAUCCCCCUUAUUUCCUGUGCCCCUUCUGUCCUACCCCAAUCAAUUGGUGUAUCUGAGAUAUUGAUGUUUCUGGAAAAUA